AUGACCCUCCGGUCAAAACCCUCCGCAGCGGUCCAGCCAGAGCUAAGCAGGACCCAUGCGACAGCCACACCCUCGGCACCAAUACCACCAAAAGAAUCGGAUGCAGAUGCUCGACUCAGGGAUCGAGAUCUCGAUCGGUCCAGCUGGCCGACCAAGAAUGAGAUACCAGCAAUGGGCGGGCGGAGAAGGGUUGGUGGGAGUGGGCGGCUGAGGAAGCGGGAAUGGUACAUCCUCGGUGCGGUCUGCUGCGUGGCAGCGGUGGUUAGGCUCUGGAAGCUGUCACAUCCAUCAUCCGUCGUCUUUGACGAAGUCCACUUUGGAGGCUUUGCGGCGAAGUACAUUCGGAGAAAGUUCUUUAUGGACGUGCAUCCGCCGCUCGCGAAGCUUCUCAUCACCCUCUCUGCCUUCAUCGGUGGUUUCAAUGGUCAAUUCGACUUCAAGGAUAUCGGAAAAGACUAUCUCGAGGACAAGGUGCCUUACACCAUGAUGCGCCUCUUCCCCGCAGUCCUCGGUCUCGCCCUCGUCCCACUCACCUUCCUCACCCUCAUCACCCUCCGACUAUCCCUCGCGACCGCCCUACUCGGCUCCCUCCUCAUCACAUUCGAAAACGCCCUCAUCACCCAAUCCCGGCUCAUCCUCCUCGAUUCAUACCUCGUCUUCUUUACCGCCCUCACCGUCUACUUUUGGGCCAAAUUCUACAACCUCGACUCGGAAGGACGGGCGUUUACGGAAGGAUGGUGGCGCUGGCUCACCCUUACGGGUCUCAGUCUCGGCGCCGUCGUCAGCUGUAAAUGGGUCGGCCUGUUCACGAUUGCCGCGGUCGGUGCGGGAACCCUGCGUCAGCUUUGGCUGUUAUUGGGGAACCUGAAGGUCACGCCGAGGAUGUGGAUCAAGCACUUUAUGGCGAGGGCGCUGUGCUUGAUCGUCGUACCGAUCAUCUUCUACAUGGCGAUGUUUCGGAUCCACUUUUGGAUUUUGAACAUGAGCGGAGAAGGGGAUGGCUUCAUGAGCUCGGAGUUCCAGCAUACUCUCGAGGGACAUGGCAUGGAGGAUACCUUUGCAGAUGUCGGUCUCGGCUCCAUCGUUUCGAUUCGCCACGUCAACACCCAAGGCGGAUACCUCCACUCUCACCCCUACGCCUAUCCCGGCGGCUCCCAGCAACAACAAAUUACCCUCUACCCACACCGAGACGACAACAAUAAUUGGCGGGUCACCAACGGAUCCGGUAUCGACCAACCUGCAAGCUACCCAUGGGAGACUCUUCCCUUCGAGCACGUCAUCGCUGGCUCCAAAAUCCGGCUGGAGCACGUCUCGACGCAGAAGAGACUGCAUAGUCAUGAUUUCCGUCCGCCAGUCAGCGAGGUGGAUUUCCAGAAUGAAGUUUCGGGAUAUGGGUUCCCAGGAUUCGCCGGAGAUGCCAAUGAUGACUUUGUUGUUGAGAUCGCACCCAAGACCAAAGGCGGCCGAUGGGACUGGGCGGCCAAGCACCGACUGAGGACCCUUCGGACUCAGUUCCGCCUCAGGCACGCCCUGUCGGGUUGUUAUCUCUUCUCGCACAAGACGAAGUUACCCGAGUGGGGUUUCGAGCAGCAAGAGGUGACCUGCAAUAAGAACCCGACUUGGGACAACUCUCUCUGGUAUAUCGAGACCAACACUCACCCGCAAUUGCCCUUUGACGCAGAGAAGGUCAACUACCAACGGCCAUCCUUCUUCGAAAAGUUCUUUGAGCUACAGGCGGUCAUGUGGCGGACUAACGCGGGUUUGACGGAUCGGCAUGCUUAUGACUCGAGGCCGCAGUCAUGGCCCUGGAUGAGGAGGGGCAUCAACUUCUGGGUCAAGGACAACACUCAAGUCUACCUUAUCGGAAACCCCGUCGUCUGGUGGCUCAGCUUCGCGAGUAUCGCCGUCUACCUCGGGAUCCGAGUCUUGCUUGUUCUGCGGGAGAAGCGAGGCUACCGAGAUCUGUACAAGCCUCGGAUCGCCUUCUACGACGAAGUCUGCGGCUUCCUCGUCAUCGGCUGGGCCCUCCACUUCCUCCCCUUCUUCCUCAUGCAGCGUCAACUCUUCCUACAUCACUACCUCCCCUCCCUCUACUUUGCCGUCCUCUGCUUUUGCGCCGUCUUUGACUUUGUCCUCAGCUCGGUCCGGCCCCGCGUCAAGCUCCAGGUCGGCGCGGUGAUCCUCGUUUUGACUAUUUGGGCAUUUGCGCACUUUAGCCCGUUGAUCUAUGCGGGACAGUGGACGAAGGGGAUGUGUGAGAAGGCCAAGUGGCUCAAGAGCUGGGACUUUGCUUGCAAUGACUUCCCUGACCGGCUCUCCCACUAUAGCGGGCAGAUGGCGAGCGAGAAGAUUGCUCCCAGCGGCGGUGUAUCUUCGUUUAUCGAUAGCGCAAUCACCAACACUCUCGUCGAGGAAGCCCCUGAACCCAUCAAGAACGUCUUCGACAACCCCGAUGGACCCGCCGAGGAGAAGACUAUCGCUGUCGUCGGACCCGAGCCCAACGUCCCCAUGCUCGAAUCGACCGAGACGCGUCCCAUGCCCGUCGCAGAGGAGACGCAAGACGCUGCGCCCCUCGAAGAUACUCGCGCACCGGUCGGGAUGGAUGCCGGUGCACCUCAGGUCACUGCGGCAGCAGAGGAUGAGGGCGGAUGGCACGGUGAUGCCGAGGAUGACGGGAAGCGUGUGGGAGGAGAGGAGGUGUUGCUUCCUGGAGAAGGGAAGGUGGAGCAGGCGCCGAUUGGGGCCAAGGUGGAUAGUGUGCCGGAGCUGGAGCUGGAUGAUGAGGCCAAGAAGUUGGUAGAGGAGGCUAUGAAGGCGCAGGGGGAGAUUUAG